GGGGCGGAUCCCGGGCCAACCUGCUUCCCCGAGGGUCUCCGGGGCGGGGCGGCAGAAAGGGGGAGCGCUUCCGAAGGACCCCACCACCAACAUCCCGUCCCCCCGCCUUCCCUCCCGCCGCCCGGGAAGGCCAACCCCGCCUGCCUGAGUCACGGCCGGAGCUGGGGAGGAGCCGGGGAAGGCGGCCCCAGCCCAGAGCGCAGCCGGCGGCUUCAGGGAGAGCCAGGGCAGGGCAGUCGGGGAGCAUGGGGGAGAGCGCGCUGGAGCCGGGGCCUGUUCCCGGAGCGCCGGCUGGGGGCCCGGUGCACGCCGUCACGGUGGUGACCCUGCUGGAGAAGCUGGCCACCAUGCUGGAGGCGCUGCGCGAGCGGCAGGGGGGCCUGGCUCAGAGGCAGGGCGGCCUGGCGGGCUCCGUGCGUCGCAUCCAGAGUCGCCUGGGCGCGCUGAGUCGCAGCCACGACACCACGAGCAACGCGCUGGCGCAACUGCUCGCCAAGGCGGAGCGCGUGGGCUCGCACGCCGAUGCCGCCCAGGAGCGCGCCGUGCGCCGAGCCGCCCAGGUGCAGCGGCUGGAGGCCAACCACGGGCUGCUGGUGGCGCGCGGGAAGCUCCACGUUCUGCUCUUCAAGGAGGAGGCUGAAAUCCCGGCCAAGGCCUUCCAGAAGGCGCCGGAGCCCUUAGGCCCGGCGGACCAGGCCGCCGAACCUGGCCCCCAGCAGCCAGAGGGCGAAGGUGGGGAGAGCUCAGACGAGGAGGAGCCCGUGGAGUCCAGGGCGCUGCGGCUGCGGCGCGCCGGGUUGGUACAUAGCUUGCGAAGGGCUUUUUCAGGCCGGAAAGGGCCUGCAGCGCCAACCCCCACGCCUGUUAAGCCUCCUCGCCUUGGGCCUGGCCGCAGCCCUGAGGGCCAGCCGGAAGCCCAGCCUGAGUCGGAGUCUAAGCAGGAGCCAGAACCUCCGCAGGAAACCGAGGAAGAUCCCGGGAGACCUGGGGCUGCCGAAGCAGCAGCGGCUGUGCUCCAAAUAGAGAGUGCGGCCUGAUGGCCGGUGCUGCCUGCCUCCCCCGUGCCGAUGCCUAGCCCCGAAAUAAAUCUUCCUCUCAGAAUGCAGCGUUCCGGCCCAAAUAAGGAGUGAAUCCUGCAUCCACAGCCCAGCGCUGGCCCUCCCUUCCUGGCUUCUUAAGCCCAGCACCCUGUGUCCUUUAAAAGAGCAGCCACUCACACCUGCUUACACUCACCGUCAAUAAAAGUCACGGCACCUAAUCCGGACUCCAUGUGAAGGGGUGGGGGAAAGGCGACGCAAGGAAUAAGACAGACGUUGGAACCUGGAGUGUGGCUUCCAUUUCAAACAGAUCAUUGUGUGAUCUCUCCAGUUUCCACUGAAUCCUGGGCUCUCCCCCAGUGGCACAUAGACAUAUCCUUCUGGCUACUUGCUCCUUCAGCACUUUCCUCCUCGGGACACACAAUCAUAAUUCUUUCCCAGCAUCUAGUACAGUCCCUUGCUGUAGGUGCUCAAUAAAUGUCAACUUGUGGCUUUCCCCUUAGUCUCUUCUUCCUCUACCACCUCUUAAAAGUUGGGUUUUCCGAGAUUCUGUUCUUAGCCCUCUUCUCAUUCUGGGUAUUCUUCCAUUAACUCCCACUGCUGGGGCUCUCCUAUGGGCCACAUACCCCCUAGACCACUGUCUUGAGUUGUAUUUGAAAAGGAAUCCAAACUCCAAAUGCGUCCAAAAGAAGCAGCGUGUCUUCUACCUUUGAAUUAAGUUCAAUUCAACAGCUAUUUAUUGAGCACUUACUAUGUAUCAUUCAAAACUGCUCCUCUUCCUGUGUUUUGUUUACCAGUGAAUGACACCAUCAUCCAUCCAGAAACCUGGGAGUCUUCACUGGCUCCUCCUCUCUCUCCUUCCCCUACCACAUGGAGACAGUUAUCCUGCUGAUAACUCUGAUCUCUUCUCUUUUCUUAAUACCCAUUGCUGCUGCUCUGUUUCAGGCUUCGUCUUUCAUCUGACCGUUAUUUGAACUGCCAAUCUGAUCACAUCACCCUCCUGAUCCAGACCCUUCAACAGUUCCCCAUCACCUUCAGAAUAAAGUCCAAGUUCUUGAACGUUACCUUCAAGGCCCUUCAUGAGCUGGUACCUGCCCAUUUUUGUAGCCUCACCUCUUGCCACUUCCCCUCAUUCUACUACUGAAUCACGAUGAGCCCUGUGCUCCCACUCUCAUCUCUACUGCCCUACAAAAGUCAGCAAGGUACCCCUGUUUUAGGGCCAGAUGCUUCUCUUCCUUGCUCCCAAAGCACCACUUGCACGCUUCAGCGCUAACUGCACUAAUGGUGAUUGUUUGCCAUUACUCUCCCGCCACCACCCCAGCUCCACUAGACUGUGGCUUCUUUGCAGUAGAGACUGUUUUAUUCAUUUCUGUAUUUCCCAUACCUAAUACUAUGCCUGGUGCACAGUAGGCCCUCAUGAGCAUCACAGAAAAAAGGAGAAGUGGGAGGGGGUUGGCUCGGGGUAGGAGUGUGGUCAUCCACCCAUUCAUUCAGUCAUUGUUGUAUGAAAAUACUUUGAGUACCUAUUGUGUUCCAGGCCCUAUAGUAGCUCUCGUGAACACCAAGAUGACAAUCCCUUCGGAGGCACUCAAGGACCUCAGAGUGCAGGGAGAUACAAACAUAUAAUGACUGAUGUAAGUGCAGUGAUAGUUAUACAUAGGUUAUUUUGAGAGGAAAGGGGAAAGGGACACAACCUAACCUGAAGGAGGAAAGGGAGGGAAUGUUCUUGGAAAAGGUAAAUAGAGGGAUGGGAAACAGGAAUGGUGAGGGGCAGUAGAGCUCAGUGGUUAAUGAUUUGGGUUCUUAGUUCCCUCAGCUGUUCAAAGGGAUAGUGAUAGCCCCUACUGAGCUGAUACGAGGUUACGUGAUGUUAAGUGCCUAGCACAGUACGUGGAACAUAGUUUGUUUCAGGUAUAUAAUCCAUUUGUCCACUCAUCUGACAAAUAUUUCCUGAAUUCCGAGGGUCUGCCAGGCACUAUUUUAAGACCUGGGGAUACAGUGACACACAAGAAUGACAAGAUCCCUGCCUCCGUGGACUUAAAUUCUAGUAAGGGGAAGACAGGCAAUAAAGAAGUAAACUUAUAAGCCAGAUAAAAACAAGUAAAUGUAUGAACUAGAAGGGCCUUCUGGUUAUGGGCUCUGAGGAAAACACUAAGGAUACAGAUAAUUACUGGGGAGGAUGAGUGCUUUAAAUGAGGAUGUUGGAGACUUAAAGUGGGACCAGAGUUCAACGGUGACGUUUUAAAUAAAUUUCUAUGGAUUCAAUUAGAAGAGUCCAAGCCCCUACCUGCUACAAUUGGUAGGAAGUCUGUUUCCAGUCACUUUAGGGCUCUUCCACUUCCUUAGAUUGUGCAAUUAUACCAGGGGAUUCACACCAUCUCAGUGUCUCUCAGACUGUGUAUCUCUGCUGCUAUUGCUUCUUAUGACCACAUGAUGCCACUGUUGGGGUACCAGUGUCCUGGUUGGUGCCUCAUCCUACAACCCAGAGGUCCGCCUGUCAAGCUCUGUGCCCUGAACCAGAAGUCUUUCCAUGGAGGGUGGCUCUGCAGUAGCUCCAUUUCCUCUGGAGAAAUUCAGGGCUCCGCCUCCAGGCUUCCAAACCUUAGUGCACAGACCAUGUCACCUUCCCGGCAGCCACUCAUUUCAAGGUUUUGCCAUCACUGAGGGGCUGGUCUGAACAGGCUCGGUUCUCUAUCCCCAAAGAAGAAUAAAUCCUUGUUCCAUUUCAAAUCCUUGGAAAUCCAAUUUCCCCCUUUCAACCCCCGCACAAAAUUGAGAGCUCAAAUGCACGUUUCUCACAUAAAAUAGCUUGAUAGCUCAUUGGGAAGCACACAAAGGCUCAGAGACCCUGGACCCGGACCCCUAGGAAUCCAAAGGCUUGGCUAACUUUGGUGGGGGAUGUUACUUUUUAUUCCUUCCUGAUGCUUCUACCGCAGCAAAUAAUAAAAAUCAAGUUAAAACAAAA